CUUUCUUCUUCUGUGUUUUGAUUUUUUCAUCUUUUUUAUUUCUUCUUCUUCUUCUUCUUUGAUGACUUCUGAUGUUCCAAAAUAUCCUCGUAAAUGUACUCUCUCUCUUUCCCACGCCCACACGUGUCUAGUUUAGCCUAUCUUCUUCUUACAACUCUUUUAUUUAACUUUUGCGUUUGACCUUUAUCUGAACCCUCUAUGAAAGUGUGUGUGUAUAUAAGUGUAUAGUGCUCUGUUUCUUGUGAUUAGACUCAUAUGUCUUAUCUUCAGUAAUAUUUAUAAGAACAUGUUUCAGAUAUGGUGAAGAAUCUUAGAGUGGAUCCUCUUGCUAAGGUCUCUGCUUCCACCACUUCCAUGGUUUCUGCAAAAGAGAAAAGGAAUCAAUCGGAGCCAUAUUAUGAAACUCUUGAGACAUAUCAAGGCCUGCCUUGUCCUUAUGGUGGCUACUAUGGAUUCUACUAUCCAGGUCUUGAUGGUUCAGUUGGAGAAGCAAAGGAUAACGGAUACUACGGUUAUGGAACAGAUGUUCAGUACCCGGUUAUGCAAGGGGAAAAUGGAUCUUUGAUCUACAUGAUGCCAGGGUUUCAAUCUUAUGAUGCUAGCCAAACUUAUAUGCCUAUAAGUCCUGUUGGUGUAUCGAGUCAGGCGCUUCAUUCGCCCAUGUAUGCAGCUCAGGGUUAUUAUCAGAACCAGUUUGGUUAUGGAGAUGUUUCAUCCCCCACCUAUCUAUGGGACCCUGUUGGUGACAAGUAUGUGUAUGGCGUUGCUUCAAAUACCCACCAACCCUUGAAACAGAACAUAUCUUCUUCAAGUCAUAACCAUAACAAUUAUUACUCAAGGAGCAAGAACCCCUUCCCCGGUCACACCAUGGGAGAUCGUCCCAAAACACCGCGAAAAGCGUUACAGAACAGCUAUGCUCCACCCCCUCUGCAUAAUCAAGAAAAAGGUGGCUUCGCAUACCCAAUGGACCCGGUGAAGAAAAAGUCUGGAUCCUUAAACCGUGAUGAAACGGACAAGGCGAAAGCAAGGAACAGAGAAAAUGGGAAUAGCACGAGCAACUUAUCAAGUGGUCACGAUCAUAUUACCGAUGGAGAAUGUGAGUCUUGUUCGUUGGAUGCUCAAGGGAAUGAAAGAAGCAAAGGUGUUGGUUCUGUUAUCGUAAGGGAUCAGUAUAACCUCCCUAGCUUUCAGACCAAAUACGAGGAAGCAAUGUUUUUUGUGAUAAAAUCUUAUAGCGAAGACGACAUACACAAGAGCAUCAAGUACAAUGUCUGGUCUAGUACUCUCAAUGGGAACAAGAAGUUAGACAGUGCAUAUCAAGAAUCUCAGAAGAAGAUUGCAGAGAAAAAUGUGAAGUGCCCGGUUUUCCUAUUCUUCUCGGUGAAUGCAAGUGGCCAAUUCUGCGGUGUUGCUGAAAUGGUUGGGCGAGUGGAUUAUGAGAAAAGCAUGGAGUUUUGGCAACAAGAUAAGUGGACUGGCUAUUUUCCAGUCAAGUGGCACAUGAUCAAAGAUGUUCCAAACCCGCAAUUACGACAUAUAAUACUUGAGAACAAUGAGAACAAGCCUGUAACCAAUAGCAGAGACACACAAGAGGUGAGGUUGCCCCAAGGAAAUGAAGUGUUGAACAUCUUCAAGACCUAUGCAGCAAAGACAUCUAUAUUAGAUGAUUUCGAUUUUUAUGAAAACAGAGAGAAGGUUAUGGUACAGAAGAAGCUAAGGUUCCCUCCCGUAUUAAAGAAGAAAGAAGAUUUGGUUGCUGAUUUCAAAACAAUGGAGAUAUCUAAUCCAGCCGAAGAGGGUAACACAGAUAUAACUGAGACUGUGAACUAACUAGAAGAACCUGUAGGGUUUUUGGUUUGGUUUUUUUAAGAAUCAAUAUAAACCGUCCGAUUGUUUCGGAGUUCUUUGAUUUUAUAACAAGCAAGUGCGUGUUCGUGUUCUAUUGUUUUGUUGUAUCCUGUAAUGUUUGUGUUUUUCUUCUCCUUUUUCGGUAUUGUGGGUUUGCGUUUAUGAUAUGUUUUGCAAUCUGCAAUCAUUGACAAUU